GAAACCUAUAAAACAACGCAGAGGGAGAGACUCUCGGAGAAAAUCUUUGGCGCAUCUCGGAUAAAGCAAUUAUGAAGCUGCUACUGACGCUGUUGGCCACGUGUGCAACGUUCAGCGCUGCACAAGUAGUUAACCCGUGUCCUACUGGCUACGAAGUCUUUUGGAUGGACUCGGCUACUCCCGUGUGCCUGAAUUUCGCCAUGUACGGGAAGGGAACGUGGAGCGAACUCCGACAAAUGUGUCAAGCCCAGGGAGCCGACCUGGCUAAACUGGAGGGCAAUCUUCACUACCAGGUUGUUCAGUACAUCAAUCAGCACCCAGCCUUAAUGGACGAAGCUUUUUGGAUCGGAGGAACAGAUGCAGCAAGUGAGGGCAACUGGGUGUGGGUAAUAGACAACACACCAAUGGACACCCAGAGUCCCCCAUGGUACCCAGGACAGCCUAACCACGGCACAGCGGCUAAUUGUGCCUGUCUUUCCACACCUGAUUUCAUGUUCCACAGCUGUGACAAUGACCGGAAGAUGUAUGCUAUCUGCCAAAUCUAAGAUAUUCACAAAUUC